UCACUGGGAUGUCUGCUGGUUCAGGGCCUGAGCUGACCCUGGACUCUGUUUCUCCUAGGGCCGCUAGGCCUCCAGUAUUCUGCCUGUAUCUGUCUGUCCUGAUUCCAGAGGAUCAGAUUCUCCCUGCUUCCCUAAGAAGCCAGCAAGGUUCCCAAUAAGGCUGCACAGAGGACCCCCUUGAAUGCGGCGAUGGAGGGGGGCCCAGCAAUUUGCUGCCAGGACCCUCGGGCAGAGUUGGUGGAGCGAGUGGCAGCCAUCGAUGUGGCCCACUUGGAGGAGGUGGAUGGUGGCCCAGGGCCUGCCAGGAAUGGUGUGGACCCUCCGCCACGGGCCAGAGCUGCCUCCAUGAUCCCCAGCAGUGCUUCAAGACUUCCCCUGGCCCGACCCAGCCUCUCAGCUAGGAAGUUCUCCCUGCAGGAGCGGCCAGCAGGAAGCUGCCUGGAGGCCCAGGUUGGGCCUUAUGCCACAGGGCCUGCCAGCCACAUCUCCCCACGGGCCUGGCGGAGGCCCACCAUCGAGUCCCACCAUGUGGCCAUCUCGGAUGCAGAGGACUGUGUGCAGCUGAACCAGUACAAGCUGCAGAGUGAAAUUGGCAAGGGUGCCUACGGUGUGGUGAGGCUGGCCUACAAUGAAAGUGAAGACAGGCACUAUGCAAUGAAAGUUCUUUCCAAAAAGAAGUUACUGAAACAGUAUGGUUUUCCACGUCGCCCUCCUCCGAGAGGGUCCCAAGCUACACAGGGAGGACCAGCCAAGCAGCUGCUACCGCUAGAGCGGGUGUACCAGGAGAUUGCCAUCCUGAAGAAGCUGGACCAUGUGAAUGUGGUCAAGCUGAUUGAGGUCCUGGAUGACCCAGCUGAGGACAACCUCUAUUUAGUGUUUGACCUCCUGAGAAAGGGGCCAGUCAUGGAGGUGCCCUGCGACAAGCCCUUCCCCGAGGAGCAAGCUCGCCUCUACCUGCGGGACAUCAUCCUGGGCCUUGAGUACUUGCACUGCCAGAAGAUCAUCCACAGGGACAUCAAGCCAUCCAACCUGCUCCUGGGGGACGACGGACACGUCAAGAUUGCCGACUUUGGCGUCAGCAACCAGUUUGAGGGGAAUGAUGCUCAGCUGUCCAGCACAGCUGGGACCCCAGCCUUCAUGGCCCCUGAGGCCAUUUCUGAGUCUGGCCAGAGCUUCAGUGGGAAGGCCUUGGAUGUAUGGGCCACCGGGGUCACGCUGUACUGCUUCAUCUAUGGGAAGUGCCCGUUCAUCGAUGAUUACAUCCUGGCCCUGCACAAGAAGAUCAAGAAUGAGGCCGUGGUGUUUCCCGAUGAGCCAGAGGUCAGCGAGGAGCUCAAGGACCUAAUCCUGAAGAUGCUAGACAAGAAUCCCGAGACGAGAAUUGGGGUGCCAGACAUCAAGUUGCACCCAUGGGUGACCAAGAAUGGGGAAGAGCCCCUUCCCUCAGAGGAAGAGCACUGUAGCGUGGUGGAGGUGACAGAGGAGGAGGUGAAGAACUCGGUCAAGCUCAUCCCCAGCUGGACCACGGUGAUCCUGGUUAAGUCCAUGCUGAGAAAGCGUUCCUUUGGGAACCCGUUUGAGCCCCAAGCACGGAGGGAAGAGCGAUCCUUGUCUGCUCCAGGAAACUUACUGUUGAAAGACGGGUGUGGAGAAGGUGUCAAGAGCCCGGAGCUCCCUGGCGUCCAAGAAGAUGAGGCUGCGUCUUGAGUCCCUGCAUGCGCCCAGGGCAGCCCAGCAGCACGCUCAUCCCACGCCUCCAAAGGCUCACUCACUGCCCUCAUGCCGACAGCUGCCCCUGCGGGCAGGGGGCUAGGGACUGUGGCCCCUCUCCCAGCUCCCCUUCCCCUGUCGUGCUGCAUGACUUCCGUGCGUGUCCAGGGACAGGAUUAUGUGUCAUCUGGGGCUGGGGGACAGGGCUCCCUCGAGGCCUUUCUCCUUGUCCUGGCUCUGCUUGGCAGGACCCAUGCUGUGGGGAAGGUAGGUACCCUUGGUAACUUAGAAACCCCACUUGGCUUGUUGGCAAGGCCUAGAGGCAGGAAGCAAGAAACCAAAAUGGCAGGUGGAGGCUGGGCUUACCACCACUGCAGAGAUCUGCUGUGGGCCAGGCAGGCCUGGCUCAGCUGCCGCACGUACAUAGAGAGGUGUACCCUGCCCACGUCAGGGGUUGCUGCCAGAACUGGUGUCUUCUGAGAACACUGGUAUGGAGUCUCUGAGCCCUUGAUGGGUAUUCCUGGGCCUUACUGGGGUGGGGGUCAGUAUUAGAGAAUUCAAAUUCAUUUUUUUCGUUGUCUUACUUUUGUUCUUAACAUGGAAGGAAGGGGGUGCAAAACCCUGCUCGGGAACAUCAAACGAGCUGUCCCUAGCACAUCCCACCAUUAUUUGGCAGCCAGGUGAACUGGACUGACCUUUCUGGAUUGGGUUUCACAUUUGGCACUAUCUGGAGAAUGCACUGAAUUACAGUUCUGAGCAGAGGCCUGAACACCAUACCUUCCCUGCCCACGUCACUCCUUCUUUUUGUGGCUCCUCAGAGCCAUGGCUGCAGAAGAGACACCAGGAGCUGACGCUGGCCAAGGGCCCUGGACUCACAAGACUGCGGCCUUGCCGAUGCUGAAGUAACUGGAAUCCAAUUUCUGAUCCUACACUGGCCUCGCUAUCUGGCCCCAGAAGAUGCCCUCACAUUCCUAUCAUGAAGGACAAACUGCCCAGACUAGAGCCGCACUAGAAACAAGACCCUGGUGGAGUGUGCAUGUUGGCAGGAGGCCUCAGAGAGAUGGGCCUUCUGCCUCUGCCUCACCCCCAGGACAGUCAUUGUCCAGCGUGCCCAGAGCUGGACCCCUGAAGUGUAUGGGUUGACCCAGCUGGGCUGGAGAUGUCACUUGAUAGCUUGGUGUUCACUGAUCAAAUGCUCAAGAGAUUGACCCCCAAAGAAGAAAGAAAAAACAGGACUCAGAUACCUCCUCUGAAAACAUGGACCAAACAAGGAUUACAGUCGCUGGCGUGGGUUUUAUAUCGCAGGAGGACUUGUGUUGAGAAGGAAAGGGAGAUUGGGCUGGAGGAGUGCCUGUGUCCUACACAUCUCUGUGCCUGUGGGUGUACGUUGCACCUCCACGCACAUAUGCAUGUGCGUGCCCAUCUGCUGCACACAGCACACUCGCAUGUCUUGCACUGGCACAUGCAUCUGUAAUAUAGUUUCUAUGUUUAUUUAAGGCUGUGAGCAGAAUGUGGCCCAUUGUCAAUGGGUCCACAUUUCUCCCUGGCUCAUCUCCACUAAGGCAUCAUAACCCAGGGCUUAAAAAGCAAUUCGGUACUGUCUUUAAGAACACUUUUAUAGAGUUCAUGGGAGGCCAGUCACAGAUCUGAAAGUUUUUCUUGAGCAUCUCUGCACUGGAGCCUGGAGGGUGGCAGUUUCAGGGGGUCCUCAUCUAUUGGUCCUGCCCUUGCAGAGCUCAAAGGUGGGCCAAGCUUCACUGCCUGGGUCAGAGCCUGAAUGGGGCGCUCACCCCAUCGCUGAGGGUUUUGGUUGGACAUCAUUGUUUUUGACUGUGGUACAGUGAUGAACAAACUCCAUAAGAGUGUUUUAAAAAUUAACUUCCCAGGAAGUGAGUUAAAAACAAUAAAAGCCCUUUCUUGAGUUAAAGAAAAAUUGUGCAUUCUCUGCAUCUGGAUGUGUGUUCUUUCUUACCAGCUGGACCUGCUGGCUUUGCUACCUUUUCUGGAAGGGUCUGAGCAGGAUAGUAGUGGGAAGAGCUCUGGGGGAAGUGAGAGGGGAGGGAAGGAGGGAGGAGGCCUGGCUCUGGGGAAUGAGGAGCUAUAGCACAGGAUUCGGCUCAGUCUCCUGAGCAGGUCCAAUGGCCCCUCCUUGAAGGAGAGGUUGUUUGGGAGCCAAUGGGCUACCCAUGAAGGCACCUUUCCUGUUUUACAGGGAUCCAAGGAA